AUGGAUGAAAGCGGACUCCGUCUUCAAAGUUGGAUCCUACACAGAGCUUAUGCGCGACAAUGUCGAGUUCCAAGAAAUGAUGAUCGGUGCGAGCAGCUGUGCGCUAAGGAGCCGGAUGGCAACGAACAAAAAGAUAGCGUGGAACCAAAGCCGGUAUUGCCGGUCACUGCUUUGAUGCAGCAGGAGCAAAGGAACACAGGCAGCGUGCCAUGGACUGUUUAUGCCCAAUUCAUCAAAGCGUCCGGAUUGCUGUGGAAUCUGCCCAUCGUCGUUGGUGUUUUGACCUUGGCACAGGGCGCGAACAUCCUUACAAGUCUAUGGCUAUCCUGGUGGACGUCGACAAGAUUUAGCGGCCUUCAGACGCCCGAGUACAUUGUAAUCUAUGCCGCCUUGGGCGUCUUCCAAGCUAUCCUGAUGUUCAGCUUCGCGACGACGCUGACUACGCUGACCUCGAUCGCGAGCAAAAACAUGCUGAACCGGGCUGUCUCGCAUACGCUCGGCGCCCCUGUCUCUUUCUUCGACACGACACCGACUGGAAGGUUAAUGAAUGUCUUCUCCAAAGAUGUGGAUACUAUGGACAGCCGUCUACAGGAUGACCUCCGAUUUCUGCUGUUCAUUGUCGCUACUAUAGUGCCAGUGUUUGCCUUGGUAAUCUCCUACUACUACUACUUCGCUAUCGCUCUGGACCCACUUGGCCUGGCUUUUGUAUACGCGGCGUCGUACUAUCGAGCUUCGGCACGCGAGAUCAAGAGAAACGAGGCCGUGCUACGUAGCCAUGUCUUCGCACGCUUUGGCGAAGCUAUACAUGGUGCCAUGACCAUCCGCGCCUACUCGGUCGAGCAGAGCUUCCGAAACGCGAUCGCGACAGCCCUGGAUUCAUCGAAUGGCGCAUACUUCCUCACGUUUGCCGGGCAGCGCUGGCUUUCAGUUAGGCUUGACACGAUCGGUGUCCUGCUAAUCUUUACCGUUGGCGUGCUGAUUGUGACGUCACGCUUCAGCGUAGAUCCGAGCAUUGGCGGUCUGGUCCUCUCUUACAUGCUGAGUAUGGUUCAGCUUAUGCAACAGCUCGUACAUGUCUUUGCGGACGUUCAGAACGAGAUGAAUUCCACAGAACGCCUUCAUCACUACGCACACGAUCUGGCGCAGGAGGAGAGUGGCCACAAACUGUCUCCUGCGGAUCCCAGCUGGCCGACAAAGGGCGCCGUUGAGUUCAAUAAUGUGCACAUGCGCUACCGUACAGGCUUGCCGCUUGUGCUCAAAGGUCUCUCCUUUAGCAUUGCUGCUGGGGAAAAGAUCGGUAUCGUUGGACGGACUGGGGCUGGCAAGUCUAGCAUAAUCACAUCCCUAUUCAGGCUUGCAGAGGUGGCUGAAGGGCAGAUUUGUAUCGACGGCGUGAACAUCGCUUCACUCCCCCUACACGAUCUGCGAUCAAGGCUGUCAAUCAUUCCACAGGACCCGGUGCUAUUCAAGGGUACGAUACGGACUAACCUGGAUCCGUUUGGAGAAUACGAGGACCUUCGACUAUGGGAGUCAUUACGACAGACGGGACUUGUUGACUACAAAACCAAAGAUCCAGAGGGUAGGAGCAGCACCGAGCGGAUCACAUUGGACUCACCCGUUGAGGACGACGGCCAGAAUUUCUCCCUAGGCCAAAGACAACUCCUCGCUCUAGCCCGAGCGUUGAUCUGCAACUCUGCCAUUACGUUCUUCGACGAAGCAACAAGCUCUGUGGACUUCGAGACCGACAAGAAAGUGCAACGUGUGAUACUCGAGGUUUCCAAGGACCGAACGCUGUUAUGUAUCGCACAUCGGCUGCAUACGAUUAUUGGGUACGAUCGUGUUCUGGUCAUGGAUAGCGGAACCGUCGCAGAGUUCGACAGCCCAAUUAAUAUUUUCGAUAAAGGUGGAAUGUUCAAGAUGAUGUGUGAAGGCAGGAAUAUAUCUCGGAAAGAGCUUCUGUCGCAGCGUAAGCUCGCACUCCAAUGA